AUGAUCCAGUUCUUGGUGUUGAAUCUGUUAAUUUUCGUUGCCACCGUUGCCUUCAGUUGGCAACCACUGCGCCAGCAACCGAAGCGUCAUUCUUCUCCAUUGUUUCUGUCCCGAUUGUCGAGUUUUGAUCAUGUGGAUUGGCAGUCCAUUUUGAAUGAUAUUGCCACGGACAUUCAGCCCUAUCUGGCCAAGGGAAAAGUAGCUUCCUACAUUCCUGCCUUGGCAAAUGUCGAUCCCCACCAAUUUGGAAUUGCCUUUACCGAUAUUCGAGGCAAUACGUACAAGGCCGGCCCGAGUGCCGAUACUCCCUUUUCCAUUCAAUCCAUUUCCAAAGUAUUUGCCUUGGUCAUGGCAUUGGACCUCGAAGGAGAAGCACUCUGGAAAAAAGUCGGACGAGAACCUUCCGGAGGCAGGUUCAACUCCAUUGUGCAGUUGGAAAGCGAACAAGGGAGACCUCGAAAUCCAUUCAUCAAUGCCGGAGCCAUUGCCACCAGUCCGGACGAGUACAAUUCCAUUGCCAUUAACAAAAUACUGGACUUUCUAAAGACGUGUGCGCAAACUGAUCAGGACAUUCGAAUCGACCCCGAGGUGGCGCGCAGCGAAGCCCUGUUUGGAGACCGGAAUCGGGCACUGGCCUACUUUAUGAGAUCCUAUGGGGUCGUACAGGGAGAUAUCGGACAAACGCUACACACAUACUUUCAUCAGUGUGCCUUGGAAAUGAGUGUCACCACGCUCUCAAAGGCAUAG